ACAGCAUAUUUUAUUAUGAAGAUGAAUUUCUACAAUGAAAUGGCUGUCAGGAUUCAGAAAAGAUGGCGAGGCUAUUAUGUUCGGAAAUAUAUCCAUAAUUAUUAUGCACUGAAGAAAUACCUGAGAGCAAUUUCUGUGAAAAACGAGAUUGUCAGGAGUGAGCUCCAAGACUAUGCAGAAAUGAAGGAAAAUGAAGAGAAAAGGAAAGACCUAGAAAUGAAAGAAAAGAAAAAGAAAUACCAAGCCCGAAAGAUGCAUUACCUCCUUAGCACUAAGCAGAUUGCAGGCAUUUACAAUUCACCAUUUAGAAAAUCACCAGAUGAAAUGGAAAGGCUUCUAUCCCAGUCAAAGCCAUUGAGCCACAAACGGCAGCAAAUGAAGAGUCCCUUCACCUAUGAGCUCUAUGACUGGCCAACUUGUAAAAGGCCUCCAGAUUUCUCCACAGCACAGCGUCUACCACCUAUUGGCAGACAGAAACCUCAGGGGCCUUUUCGAGAUACCACUGAAGUAUUACAGCAGCGCUACAAACCUUUGGAACGAACCUUGCACAUGACAGCAUCAAUCAAUUCACCACUAGAGAAGGCCAGAGAGAAAAUGAAAAGGCAGGAAUGGAGAAACUGCAUACAUGACAACAAAUUUCUGCCAUUUUCUUCAUAUCAUAAAAAUGAGAAGUAUGAACCAUUAAUUACUAGGUCAGGCAAAUAUGGCCAAGAAGCUUAUGGAAUUAAACAUUUUCGAGAAGUACAGCCUAAGAAGUGGGUAGCAGACAAG